AUGCCCCGGUCGCAGGCCUUUCACGCGGGUCGAACGCCCCUGCAAGACCAACGAGUGCCACUUGAAUCCCCCCGGAUCUCUGGUCCUCUGGCCUUUUGCAAUCCAACACAGGCGCUUUUUCAAUGGUCCACGCGUCCACACUUUGAUCGAGAAAAUGUCCCAACGCCUCGGAUAGAAAGACUCUGGCGCUCCCGAGAUAAUCGUAAAGGACGACAUGCGCUCAAAAUCCACCAGCGACCGCCAGGAGUCGAAGGCAAGAAGUACCCCCGGAAAACAGUCCACCCUUAUGCAAUCCUCGAAGGCAUUCUUCUCAUGUUCACGACCUUCCCCUACUGGGACAUUUCCUUCUGGGUGGCUUUUACCUUUACGGUCGGGUCGAUGAUCUGGGUCAUCAACUCCUUCUUCGUCUGGCUGCCGUCGGAGGACCCGUCCACCGAGUUUCCGCAUGAAGUCCUCACUGCCGGAGGCGUGACGGCCUUUAUCGGUGCGACUGUCUUCGAAAUUGGCAGUGUCCUGCUGCUUCUGGAAGCAGUCAACGAGAACCAGACGGGCUGCUUUGGCUGGGCGGUCGAGACGGCCUCCAAGGAAGCCGAAGAACAAGUCGAAGAGGCUGUGGUGCGAAUCAAGUCCGAUGUGGAGUCGUGUCUGCAUCAUCAUGCGAAUCGCCGUUCGUUCUUGACUCCAUCCGAGGCCAGGCAGGACUCUUCCAGACGCACGUCGGCUGGUCAAAAACGAUCGUUCGAAUGGCUUCCCACCCUUACCGAACUUCGCACCCAUUAUCUCCACGAGAUCGGAUUCUGGGCUUCGUUGGUGCAGUUCAUCGGAGCUACCAUCUUCUGGAUAGCUGGGUUCACCGGCCUUCCUGGUAUCAUCAACCACAUAAGCCAAGCAGUCACCAACGGCGUCUACUGGGUUCCGCAGAUCGUCGGCGGUUCGUGCUUUAUAAUGAGCGGGCUGCUUUUCACCCUAGAGACGCAGCCAAAAUGGUAUAUCCCCGCCAUCAACGUCCUCGGCUGGCAUGUCGGUUUCUGGAAUUCUGUCGGGGGUGUUGGAUUCACUCUGUGUGGAGCUUUCGGACCGGCCACGUCCAACUCGGGCCUCAAGUAUCAGAGCUCACUGUCGACGUUCUGGGGAUCCUGGGCGUUCUUGUUGGGGUCUCUGAUCCAGUGGUAUGAGAGCUUGGAUAAGCAUCCCGUGGAGGAGAAGAAGUAA